ACUUCGCCCACUCCACGAACACACUACUACGACCACCUUUCAUCCCAACGCACAUACGCACCUACGCAUCACUCAAUCGAUCAACAAUGGCGUCGUCUCCACUGCCGGCGUUCACGGUGCGGCGAGGCGAGCCGGUGCUGGUGACACCGGCGGCGCCGACGCCGCGGGAGGUGAAGGCGCUGUCCGACAUCGACGACGGCGAGGGCAUGCGGUUCUACAGCUCGGGCAUCCACCUGUACCGCAACAACCCGGCCAAGAAGGGGCAGGACCCGGCCAUGGUGAUCCGGGAGGCGCUGGCCAGGGCGCUCGUCCCGUACUACCCCCUCGCCGGCCGCCUCCGCGAGGAGGCCGGCCGGAAGCUCGUCGUCGAGUGCGCCGGCCAGGGCGUCAUGUUCGCCGAGGCCGAUGCCGACCUCACCGCCGACGACUUCGGCGACGUGCAGAGCCCGCCGUUCCCUUGCUUCGAGCGGUUCAUCCUCGAGAGCACCACCGUCGCCGGCGUCGAGCCGGUGGUCGGCCGCCCGCUGCUCUACAUCCAGGUGACGAGGCUGCGGUGCGGCGGCUUCAUCUUCGGGCAGAGGUUCUGCCACUGCGUGGUGGACGCGCCGGGCGGGAUGCAGUUCGAGAAGGCCGUGUGCGAGCUCGCGCGCGGCGCCGCCGCGCCGUCGGUGUCGCCGUCGUGGGGGAGGGAGAUGUUCAUGGCGAGGGACCCGCCGCGGCCGUCGUACCCGCACCUCGAGUACCGCGAGCCGGCGGGCGGCGCGGACCGGCUGCUGGCGACGCCGCCGGAGGACAUGGUGCGCGUGCCCUUCUUCUUCGGGCCGCGCGAGAUCGCCGGGCUGCGCCAGCACGCGCCGGCGAGCGUCCGCGGCGCAUGCUCCCGGUUCGAGCUCGUCGCGGCGUGCAUCUGGCGCAGCCGCACGGCGGCGCUCGGGUACGCCCCCGGCGAGGAGGUGCGGCUCUCCUUCAUCGUGAACGCCCGGGGCCGCGCCGACGUGCCGCUCCCGGAGGGGUUCUACGGGAACGCGUUCGCCUACUCCGUUGCGGCGACGACCGCCGGCGAGCUCUGCGGCGGCGACCUCGGGUACGCGCUGGGGCUGGUGAAGAAGGCCAAGUCGGCGGUGACGUACGAGUACCUGCAGUCGGUGGCGGACCUGAUGGUGGUCGCCGGGCGGCCGCUGUUCGCGCUGUCGCGGACGUACAUCGUCUCCGACGUGAGCCACGCCGGGUUCAAGAGCGUCGACUUCGGGUGGGGGGAGGCCGUCUACGGCGGUCCGGCGAAGGGCGGCGAAGGGCCGCUCCUCGGCGUCACCAACUACUUCUCGAGGUCCAAGAAUGGCAAGGGCGAGCAGAGCGUCGUCGUGCCCAUCUGCUUGCCCAAGGACGCCAUGGACAAGUUCCAGCUCGAGGUCCAAGCUCUCACCGCCGAGCUCAGCUAGACCAUUGAAACGCAGCAUGUGUGUUCUACUGUUACUUUUUUUUUUUUUUGCCCAAGUGUGUUCUACUGCUCUUGUUUUUUCUUGGUUCAGAAUGUACUUAUACCUGUCGGUGUCUGAUAAAAAUUGCACUGACUAUGUACUACUAAUGACGAUGUCCUAUCGUGUUCAAAAAAUAUACUCUGUCUGUCCCAAAAUAUAAA